ACGUAGCAUUUGUUUUGAUCGGAAGCCUUUGAGCUUUCAAGGUUUUGAUACUUGAGUCGUUGGGCACCCCAGCCGCUCAAGAAUGCUGGAGCCGGCCUGUGCUUCCUCCUUCGAUGACCCUUCAGGUUCCGACGACCCUCGGCUCUUUCCUGUUGAUCUUGGUAGGGGCUCGUUGGUUUUUUCUGUUUCUUGUUCUGUUAGGUUCAGAUCCGACAGCCUUCUUUCUCCUCCGAUGAAUCUGAGGCAACGCGCGCGAGGGUUGCCAGAUCUAAUGCCCACCGCGGUUCUCUUGCUGGUUCCAAGGGACACUACUGCCACCUAAUCGGGUUACCGCCCCGGCAUCCUGGAGCCUGAUGCUAUUUCUUCAAGGGUAGAUAGAAGGGUUUCCCGUAUGGAUCGUCGACCGAAGGCCGUGGUAUAUCCUAGAUUGUUCGUUGUUGUUUGAGUGCUUAGUGCACCUCCCUUCAGCCUCUGGAUAUUGGUCUACUUUGAUAUUUUGUUCAAGUUGUAUUUUACUAUUUGUCAUCUUUGUAGAUGCAGUACAUCGGUAUUUGUAAUGAAACCAUUCCAUUAUA